AUGCCGUUACUCUGGAUCGCUUGUCCAUAUGCGUUCCUGCGCCGUCCCGUCACGGUCGUGCUGGGCACUCAAUGGGGGGACGAGGGAAAGGGCAAGCUCGUCGACAUUCUCUCCCAGGAUAUUGACAUCUGCGCCCGUUGCGCCGGCGGGAACAAUGCCGGCCAUACGAUUGUAGUACCAAUGGGUCCGAACAAUGAGAAGACUAUGCUGGAUUUUCAUCUCCUCCCAUGCGGAUUAAUCAACCCGAAUUGCGUUGGAUUGAUUGGAUCUGGGGUCGUUGUACAUGUUCCUUCAUUCUUUAGCGAGUUGGAGAAGCUCGAAUCCAAAGGUCUCAACUGCCAAGGGAGGCUUCUCAUUUCGGAUCGUGCUCACCUCGUUUUCGACUUUCACCAAAUCGUCGAUGGCUUGAAGGAGGUCGAGCUGGGUGGCAAAUCUAUUGGAACGACCAAGAAGGGUAUCGGUCCGGCGUAUUCCGCAAAGGCGUCUCGUUCUGGCCUUCGCGUUCACCAUCUGUUCGACGGGAGCUUUGCCGAAAAGUUCCGCAAGAUUGUCGAAGGUCGAUUCAAACGCUAUGGUCAUUUCGAGUAUGACACCGAAGGCGAGAUUGAACGCUACAAGGACCUUGCUGCCAAGCUCAGGCCCUUUGUUGUCGAUUCAGUAACCUAUCUUCAUACAGCACUUCAAGCGAACAAGAAGAUUUUGGUAGAGGGCGCCAACGCGUUGAUGCUCGAUAUCGACUAUGGAACCUAUCCCUUCGUCACGUCGUCGAACACUGCGAUAGGAGGUGUCUGUACCGGACUUGCCAUUCCGCCCAAGCAGAUUGGUCGUAUCAUUGGUGUUGUCAAGGCCUACACGACUCGAGUCGGCGGAGGGCCUUUCCCCACCGAACAGCUCAAUGAUAUUGGCGAAACACUCCAACAAGUCGGCCACGAGUAUGGCGUUACAACUGGUCGCAAGCGUCGUUGUGGCUGGCUCGACCUCGUCGUCCUCAAGUACUCUACGAUGAUCAACGGCUAUGAUGUUCUCAACCUCACCAAGUUGGAUGUCUUGGAUGGACUUGACGAGAUCAAGGUAGCCGUCAAGUACCAGCUUGAUGGCAAGGAUCUUGACGGAUUUCCUGCGGACCUUGACCUCCUCGGACGAGUCACGGUCGAAUAUGUCACCCUACCAGGAUGGAAGUCGGAUAUCUCCAAAGCCACCAAGUUUGAAGACCUUCCAAAGAAGUGUCAAGAAUAUGUUGAAUAUGUGGAAAACUUCCUCGGAGUCAAGAUUGGAUGGAUAGGAGUGGGACCUGCUCGCGACAGUAUGAUCAGUCGAUAA